AUGUUAACCAUCUGUGCUAGCUGCCGGGCCCCUCUCGAGCCAGAGGAUGGCCAUAUGGAGUGCCCCGCCUGUCUGGGCGUGGAGCAUCUGAGACAGGGGCUAACAGAGUUUGCCUGCAUGAGCUGUAACUGCCUAAGCCUGACAGCUCGGGCAGCUAGGUUAGUGGAGGUGGAGACGGGCACUGCACAGCCCCAUGAAGGGGCACACGAGAGAGUGCUACGGCCGACUAAGCGCCGUAGUACUGCACGGCAGACCACCGUUAAGGCAAAGAGGAAGAAGAGUGGACUGGCACAGAAGGUGGACUCAGUGACCACAGAGUUGGAGAGUAUUAAGGCGCUGUUGGCCAAUUUGCAGCCUCCAACACACACAGGGCAGGGUGGUAGCGUACACGCUCGAACCCCACCAGCCGAUCAGGCGGAGCGGUCACCACCGACGCUGUCACCAGUAGGGAGUGCCCAGGAGCUAGAUACACUCUCCACAAGGGCGUCAGAGAGUUUGGACAUGGGACAGGGAGACGAGGCCGAGUCGUACGAGUCAGCCCCCCACGACUCUCAGACCAGCUCCCAGGAUACAGCCCGGGGUACAGGGGUGGAGCCAGAGGCUGGCCAGCUUUCUAUUAAGUCCACCCUGAAGGCAGCGUUGGCGCGUUUGGGGCUGGACCCGGUCCCUGUGGCGGUGCCCCCCCAGAAUGCGUUUUUUAGAACCGCGGUACAGCAGACUGCCUUUGCGGUCCCACCCUCAGCUCCGUACAUUGAGGAGCUGCAGAGGUGCUGGGCAGACCCCAGACAAUUUUCCCACCUCCCCACCAACUGCAGGGUCCUGUCGGCCAUGCAGGGUGCGUCCACCUAUGGGCUUGAAAGGAUGCCUAAUGUGGAGCCGUCGGUGGCGGCCUUAAUACUGUCCCCCGAUGAGGCGCUUAGGCCCCAUGCUCGCUGCCCCCGCCCACAAUGCCGGCUGACAGACGACCUCAUUGUGAGGUGUUAUGAUGCAGCCGCUCGUACGGCACGCAUAGGGAAUUCAAUGUCCCACUUAAUGCUGGCUCUCACCCAGACACUGCAGGGCACAGGGGAUGCAUCGGCGUCCCAGGGGUUGUGUGACUCCUCGCUACAGGCGUUUGCCUUUAUGUCGAGAGAGCUCGUGGCCAGUCAGCCAGCCGCGGACACGGCAGUCAGAGAGGUUUCGCCAGCCAGACAGAUCUCGCCCACCCCCGCCACCCGCACACUUCGCCCUACACAGGGCGCCCAAGCCACGGCCCGUUACCCCUCUAGGGACCGGAGGGGAGAGGGGGCAGGCAGUGACAGCAGUACACCGGCGGUCGGCCGCUUCUCCAGCCAACAUCUCAGGCGCUGGGAAGCGGUGACAUCGGACCCCUGGGUACUGGCAACCCUGUCUCAGGGUUACAUUAUCCAAUUUCAAGGCCGACCGCCAAAGUUCCGUGGGGUCAAGACCACCACCGUCACCAACCCGAAGGCCCUAGCCCUACGUCAGGAGAUCGGCGCUCUCCUCCAAAAAGAGGCCAUCGAACAGCUCGACGCGCCUACACACGAAGGUGGGUUCUACUCAACCUAUUUCAUAAUUCCAAAGAAGGAUGGCGGGCUCCGCCCCAUUCUAGAUCUCAGGCACUUAAAUACUCAUCUCAAGACACUGAGGUUUCAUAUGCUGCGCACCAAGGAGGUUCUGCACAGCAUUCGGAAGAACGAUUGGUUCACGACCAUCGACUUGAAGGACGCUUACUUCCACGUCCCAAUCGCACCACACCACAGACAAUUCCUCAGGUUCGCCUUCGAGGGUCGGGCGUACCAAUUUCGGGUACUACCGUUUGGAAUAGCUCUGGCACCCCGGGUGUUCACCAGGUGCGUUGCAGCUGCUCUGGCUCCACUGCAGGCCCAGGGAAUGCGCAUUUUGCCCUACCUGGACGACUGGCUUAUCUGCUCCCAGUCGGAGGUACAGGCCCGCAGCGAUGUUGCCGCGUUGAUGGCGCAUAUCACGGGUCUAGGGCUCAGACUGAACCUCAGAAAGAGUUCCCUAGUUCCCCGUCAGCAGACUGGGUUCUUGGGCAUGGCCAUCGAUUCGCAGGCGAUGAGGGCUGUCCCCUCUCAACAGCGGGUCGACGGAAUCCAGCAGCUCGUGGCGCGCUUCAGAGGACACAGGGCUCUGACCCUGAGAUCCUUCCAACGCCUACUGGGGAUGCUAACAUCAGCUGCAUCCCUGAUCCCACUAGGCCUCCUGGCGCUGAGGCCUUUCCAAAUCUGGCUAAACAGCCUGGGCCUCCAUCACGUGCGGCACAGACACAGACUGGUGAGGGUUACCACCAGCUGCAGGAGGUUCCUCCAUCCUUGGAGGAGGAGGAAGUACCUGACCCAGGGAGUUCCGUUGGGCGCUAUUCCUUCCCGGAGGGAGGUGGUGACCACGGACGCUUCCCAGAUAGGGUGGGGCGCCGUGUGGCAGCGUCAGACGGCCAGAGGUCGUUGGAGCCCCCAGCAGAAGCGGCAGCACAUAAAUGUGCUAGAGCUUCGGGCGGUGCUGCUGGCUCUAAGGCACUUCCUCCCUGCGCUAGUAGGGAGGCACGUGCUGGUCAGGUCGGACAAUAUGUCAGCGGUGUAUUAUAUCAACCACCAGGGAGGCACCAGAUCGCUGCAGUGCUUAGGGGUUGCCCAGCAGCUCUUGCAGGAGACCCAUCAGCACCUAUUGAGCCUGAGGGCUGUGUAUUUGCCCGGCACUUACAACUAG